AUGCUAUCUAUAGCAGGACAGUGUGGAAAUAGCAAUUGGGCAACUCUUUAUCCUAUUCACGAUCAAAUGUCACCAGCCCAAGCAACUGUCCUCGGCAUAGAUGAUUACAAAGCUGAUUUGAUUACUGAUGCGGAGCUGGUAACAAAGCCUAAGCGGGGAACGGCUUUCGAUCACUUUUCUCGCUGCUAUCAAGCUCGCAACUGGGUUUCCGGCAUUGAGGAUCGGUCCGCAGACCUGAGAUUCUUUACUCUGUCGUGGGAAGCAGAAGGAGAUAGCACAACGAACUUGUCUUUAUGUAUGCUCAAGGUGCUUCCAGGAGGCUUCAAAGAGAUGAUUAGCCUCAACAAGCCAGACAAGCCAGACCAGGCCAAUAUGACACCAGAAGAUGCAGUAUUAGGCCAUGUUCAGUAUCUCAACGCUUACAGUGUGGAGAUCAGCAUUGGCGCUACAAGUGUCUCAGACAUUAUCCAGGAAAGCGAGAGCAUAUGGUGGUUAUCUGACCUUUUUGAAGUCUCCUCUCGACUGAAACCAUUUUACAAGGUCAACUUCUGUCCUGAUCACUGGUCUUCAUCGAAUAUCCAGUUCAGAGAUCAGUGGUUACCCGACCUGCUCAACUGCGAGGCUUGCGAUGGGUACCUCAUGCUUAGCGACGCAUGUCUCAGCCCUACUCGUGAGACAUAA